AAGCCCAAACUAUAUUUUCCUGAUGAAAGCCCAUGUUAGUAUUUGUUUGAUCAGAUUUCUUUUCUUCUGUUGUUGGAUGAUAAGUGUCCAAAUCAAGCAAGGGAUAAAGAAAAAGAUAGAAGAAUAUAUUGUAUAAAGGCUUUCAAUUCAUCGAUCGCGAGGACUGAGAAUAGUUGAGGUGGUGGAUCUGAGAGCAAAAAUAGAUGUUGAUUUCAUGACUGAAUGGAUAAGAAACAACAUAUCGCUAUAUUUACUACUGCGAGCCUUCCAUGGAUGACUGGAACUGCCGUUAACCCUCUCUUUCGUGCAGCAUGCCUUUCGAAAGAUGAGAGAUGGGAUGUUACUCUGGUGAUUCCUUGGCUGUCUAAGAGAGAUCAGGACUAUGUGUAUCCCAAUAAGAUCACAUUUGACACGCCCUCAGAGCAGGAGAUUUAUGUACGGCAGUGGCUUGACGAAAGAAUUGGGCUUAAGUCUACUUUCCAAAUAUUGUUUUAUCCUGGAAAGUUUUCCAGAAAAAUGGGGAGCAUUUUCGGUGUUGGAGAUAUUACAGAAAUCAUCCCUGAUGAAGAGGCAGAGAUCGCUGUCCUUGAAGAACCAGAGCAUUUAACAUGGUAUCACCACGGAAAGAGAUGGAAAGUAAAAUUCCGCCUUGUUGUUGGAGUUGUUCACACAAACUAUUUGGAAUAUGUCAGAAGAGAAAAGAAUGGGAGAAUGCAAGCAUUCCUUCUUAAAAACAUGAAUAGCUGGGUUGUUAAUAUCUACUGCCACAAGGUCAUAAGGUUAUCUGCGGCUACCCAAAAAUUUCCGAGAUCUGUUAUCUGCAAUGUUCAUGGAGUAAAUCCAAAGUUCCUUGAAAUUGGCAGGAGAAAGAAAGAGCAACAAGAACAACUUGGAAAUAAGGCUUUCAGAAAUGCUGCCUACUACAUUGGGAAGAUGGUAUGGAACAAGGGUUACAAAGAGCUACUUCAACUUCUUUGUUCUCACCAAAAGGAGCUCAAAGAACUUGAAAUUGAUUUAUAUGGCAGUGGUGAGGAUUCUGAUCAGGUCCGGGAAGCUUUCCAGAAGCUGGAUUUAAAGGUUCAAGUUCAUCCUGGGCGUGAUCAUGCUGACAUUGUAUUUCAUGACUAUAAGCUUUUUCUUAAUCCAAGCACGACGGAUGUGGUUUGCACAACAACAGCAGAAGCACUGGCUAUGGGCAAAUUAGUUGUAUGCGCCAACCAUCCCUCAAAUGAAUUUUUCAAGCAGUUCCCAAAUUGCAAAAUGUUCGAGGACGGGAUUGGAUUUGUAGAAGCUACAUGCAAGUCACUUGCUGAGGAUCCCAGCCCACUAAGUGAUGCGGAGAGGCACAAACUGUCAUGGGAGGCUGCAACAGAGCGGUUUUUAAGCGCUGCAGAGCUGGACAUUGCACUUAAGAACAAAUUACCUGAGACUCCAAAUCAUUUUAUCUCUAAAUCCUUUUUUGUUCUGAGGAAUCUCGAGUAUGCAUCUGCAUUGAUGCACUACAUUGGAUCUGGACUCUUAAGUUCAAAACCAGAUGAAGAACAGCGCAAAGAGCUCGGCUUGGCUACACCUUCUACGCAAAAGGAAUUCUCCUUCUGUGCUUGCGGUUUCGGUGGUUCAUGGAAGAGGAAAGAUGGACGCUAAAUGCUCAAAACGUUUGAUUGGUUAUUUUGUGUUAGAACAUGUAUAAGCUUUGUCAUUUUUUCAAAUCCCGGCAGAUGAUAAAGUAUUAACUGAACUUUUCAUUUGUAUGAUGCUUGACAACACUGCUGAAAAAGUUGCGGAUUAACACGUUA